UGCUGACAGGAGGCGGCGGCGGAGGUGGAGGCGAGGCAAGACCUGCGGCUCUGCAGGGCCACGGUCGCUGUAGCGCUAGGCAAGCUGACGGAGCCACGCCGGCCUCAGCCCACCAGCAAACCUCCCGCCUCGUGCCCACCCUCCAUCUGCCCGACUGGUCCGGGGCGGCCUAGUCUGCACCACCGACCCGGCUCCUGGGGCCGCCGCCCCGCGCGGUCCCGUCGGCGUCCCUGGCCGCCCCCGACCCCCGGCCCCAUAGCCCACCGGCACCAUGAUGGAGGAGAUCGACCGGUUCCAGGUGCCCACCGCGCACUCGGAGAUGCAGCCGCUGGACCCAGCCGCCGCCUCCAUCUCAGACGGAGACUGUGACGCCCGGGAGGGUGAGUCAGUAGCCAUGAAUUACAAACCAUCCCCGCUCCAAGUGAAGCUGGAGAAGCAGCGGGAGCUGGCCCGGAAGGGCUCCCUGAAGAAUGGCAGCAUGGGGAGCCCCGUCAACCAGCAACCCAAGAAGAACAAUGUCAUGGCCCGGACAAGGCUGGUCGUCCCCAAUAAAGGCUACUCCUCGCUUGACCAGAGCCCAGACGAGAAGCCACUGGUAGCCCUUGACACGGACAGUGAUGAUGACUUUGACAUGUCCAGAUAUUCCUCCUCUGGCUACUCCUCUGCUGAGCAGAUCAACCAAGAUUUGAACAUCCAGCUGCUGAAGGACGGCUACCGGUUAGACGAGAUCCCCGACGAUGAGGACCUGGACCUCAUCCCCCCCAAGUCCGUGAACCCCACCUGCAUGUGCUGCCAGGCCACGUCCUCCACCGCCUGCCACAUUCAGUAGCUGGCGGGGCCGCUGCGGCCGGCCGGGGUGGGGCCGCCAGGGGCCAGGUUGGACCAGGCAGGGGCCAACCCCUCCCCAGCUCGUCCACCUGCCCCCGGCCCCCGCGCCCCCUACAGCCGCCAACCUCGUAACAGUCAUUGCUUCCUCCUAUGGUAGGACGUGUACCUCUGUGUGUUCAUGGAGCCGGAGAAACCAAAACCGGGUCUCUCUCCACCCCCGGGGGUGCUGAGGAGGGGAGGGGGCGGUUUGUUCAGUUACUUCGGGGACCUUGCCCAGCAUCCUGCCCCCUCCCCAAAGCUGCAGCCCAGUAGAGGAAAGGGGUGACUGGACUGCAGGGAGGCCAACGGUAAUGAGUGGGGGAGGGAUCACAAAGCCAGGGGUUUGGACCCACCCACGUGAAGCCAUGAAUCCCCCAGCACCAGCCAAGGAAAGGCGCUGGGAAGGAGAAAGGCCCAGGGCAGUAGGGGCAGGGCCCAGCCCCUUAGAGCCGCCUCCACAUGCCCCCCUGCUGGCCCACGUACCAUCUGCGUUUCUCCCCUCAUCUCUAGAUGGGAAGCCUGACAAAGCUGCCCAGUGGGAUAUUGUCCCCCACCCCUCGGGGAUCACUGCCUUCUUUCUCCUCUUUGCCCCAUUCACCCCCUUCCUUGCUCUCUGGAUUGUGUGGAGGGUGAGGUGGGCCAUAGAGACAGCCAGAGUUUAGGGUGGUAUGAUCUGCCCUCACCUGCCCCUAUAACUAAUGCAUCUAUCUCUCUGUGCCCUGCCUCAUCCCCUCACCCAACACACACACACACACACACACACACACACACACACACACACUCUUACACUUCUGUUCUGUUCAUUGGUCUCUGUCCCGGGCUGGAAGCAGGAGUUAAGGCUGGCCUCGAAUGCCUCAUUCCGGUCUCACUCUAGCUCAAGAUCCCAGAGGCUGCUUCCCAGGAAGACUCUUCAAGGAAGCAAGCCUAAGAGAAUACAGUGGCUGCAUGUGUAUGGCAGGGACAGCUUGGCAGAACGUGUGUGUGCCUGGGGCUGUGAGGGCGUGUGUCUACAUCUCUGCAUUGGGCCUGUGUCUCCAGAUGUCUGCGGCGUCCGCGGUGGGGAAGUGACUGUGUGGCCUGUUAACAGUGUGAGAGGCUGCUCAGCAGUGCAGUGGGCUGGCGGUCCGAAGUCUGGGUUCUGGUCCUAGCUCUGGCACUCUCCCCGUUACCUCCAACAAGCCACUUAUAUUCUCUGGCUUUCAGUUCCCUCCACUGUACAAUGAGCAGCAUCUGAAAUUAUUUUUAAGGUUCUUCCAAACCUGAAGGAAUUUCUUCAUAGGAAUUUCUGUGGAGGUGGAUAAGGAGGUCUCUGUGUGUCUUUUGAGUACAUCUGGUGGCUUCCUGAGUUGCGCGUCAGUGUGGAAAAGAGAGGGGGAAGUUCCUGUGGGACCUGCGUAUGCCUGAAUACAAUCGGAUCUUUUGGGAAAUGCUUGAGUGUGUGUCUGUGUGUGUCUGUGGAUGUGCACGUGUAUGUGGUUAUCUAUGGUGUGUGUAGCUGUGUGGGGUGUCUGAGAGUCAGAAUGUAUGUACUACUGCUUCUGCUGCUGUUACUUGGUGGUGGCAGGGGUGGGCGUGGUUGCUAGAAAAGCUGAGGAUGAAAAUCAAGAGGGAGAAGGUGACCAAGGCCCUCCCCUGGGCCUGGGCAGUAUAGAUCUGCCCCGUGCGAAGGAAAGCAAAAGCACAGAUAGCCCACGCCUGGUCAGGUCUAUGCCGCACAAACCCCGUAUCCCAGGGCCACUCCUCCAUGCUGACCCCCCACACAUGCUGCCCAAUCCACUCUAAUAUAUACCACUCACAUGCUGCCAGCGUGCACAGGACACACCCACAGCCCAGUUCCUGGCUGCCAGUCCUGGGAGGUGGGAGUUGGAAGGGGGCGAGGGCAGUGAGAAGAGAGAGGAAGGCUGCUGGCUUAGGAGGGGUAGCACCUCUCCCUGCACCACACCCAGGGGCUGCCAGCUCCUGAGUGCUGAGGUGCAGCUCUCCACCCUCAACUCCUCCAACCCACGCCUAACUCCUCCAGUGCAGCGACCCUGGUUAGAUGAUGAGAAAAUGCCAGAGGGAGGCAAGGACGGAGAAGGCACCUGCAGGACUCACAAGGCCCGUACUGGCCCCCACCUGAGCCUGUUUCUCCCCCCCCGACCCCGGUCAGCAUACCCACCCCCCAUCAUCUGGGCCCCAAAACCAAGCUUCCUACUACUACUACCACCACCACCCCGGCCUCCUUGACUCACCCUUCGAGAACAUGGGUACCUCCUCUUUUCCAGGCAGGGCCCCCGCCAAGGCUCACUUAGACUGCUGCCUUUGCUGCUGACAUGCUGUGUGACUCUGGCCCACUGCUCAACCUCUCUGGCCCUGAGGAAUAAGGGAAAGGCUCCCUCCCCACAAGAUAUACCUAAUUCCCUGGCAGGCAAGGGCUUCUAGCUGAGGCAGUGUAGCGAGUGUAGCGGAGAGAAGUACGAAGCUGGCAGCCAGCACUUUCUGGGUCUAGGGAGAGUGCAUGGUCCCCUCCUUCCCUAUGUGGGAGGUUGGAGGGGAGGAAUUGAGGCCUUAGUUUGCCCCCUGCCACCCUUGCCCCUUGUAGAUACUGCCUUAACACUCCCUCUACCCUCAGCUCUGGCUGCCACCCAGCCAGGUUUCUCCGUGCUCACUAAUUUAUUUCCAGGAAGGUGUGUGGAAGACAUGAGCCGUGUAUAAAAUUUUUUUUAACAUUUCCAUCGCAGUAUUGACCAUCAUCCUUGGUUGUGUAUCGUGUAACACAAAUAAUGAUAUUAAAAGCAUCAAACAAG